CCCUGUGACCCAUACACUUUCAUUUCUCCUAAAAACUGGGUGACGCAGGCAGCCACAGGGCCAGUGAGAGGGGAAGUCCAGAGUUUCUUAAGAAGCAGAGAGACGGACAGUCUGAGCCGGGAGGAAAAGACAGAAGAGACUAGGGGGAGGAAGAGAGGCAGUGAAGCGAAGAGGGGUGUGGAGGAGGUGGUUGCAGGACCUGUGGGGGAGGCAUUGAGGCUCAGGUGUCAUAGAGAAGGGGACAAUAGUUGAGAAAAGGCAGCAGGGGAGGUGGGGGCAGGGGUGAACUAGCAGGAAGGAGGGGAAGGUUAGAGACGUGGAGCGCGGGGGUGAUAGCGUGCGGGGAUAGACAAGGCCGCAGUGGAGGAGGGAGUGGAGGAGGGGUAGAAGCACUGGGGCGGAGAUGAACUAGGGAGUGGAAGGAGAGAAUGGAAAAUUAAGGUGGAGAUCGAAUCUGGGUAGCAAGGAGAGGGACCUGAGGGGAAAAAGAGGAGAAAAGAGGGCAAUCGGCUUAGGAAAAAAGGCAGUAGAGGAGAGGCUCUGGGUCACCGAGACAGGAGGCCCACGAUGUCCACAUCUCGAGCUCAGGAGCAGCCAAGCAGAUCUGAGGAGCGGCGACCGCUGGUGGCUCGAGGCCCGCGGGGUCCCCGACGAUGGAGAAGGACAGCAGCCGCAGCUGUGCUGCUGGUAGAGAUGCUGGAACGCGCUGCCUUCUUUGGCGUCACCUCCAAUCUUGUGCUCUACCUCAACAGCUUGAACUUCAAUUGGGAGGGCGAGCAGGCAUCGAGGGCCACACUCCUCUUCCUGGGCGCCUCCUACCUGCUGUCUCCUGUGGGAGGCUGGCUAGCUGAUGUGUACCUGGGCCGUUUUCUCACCAUCUCGCUCAGCCUGGUACUCUACCUGGCUGCCUCGGGCUUGUUGCUUACUACCAUCACCUACGAUGGCCGCAGAUCCUUCUGCGGAGAGAUGCCCUUGUCGCCGCUGGAACCCGCCUGCCCAUCUGCAGACUGCCCAGGUUCCUGGUCCAGCCCCUACUGCGCCACCACCCUCUACUUGGUGCUGCUGCUCCUGGCGCUGGCUGCCAGCUCUGUCAGGAGCAACCUCACUUCGUUCGGAGCUGACCAGGUGAUGGAUCUCGGACGGGAUGCCACUCGCCGCUUCUUCAACUGGUUCUACUGGAGCAUCAACUUGGGUGCUGUACUGUCCCUGCUGGUGGUGGCCUUCAUUGAGCAGAACAUCAGCUUCCUAUGGGGCUACAGCAUCAUCGUGGGCCUUGUGGCCCUGGCAUUCUUCAUUUUCCUCUUUGCCACCCCUGUCUUCAUCACCAAGCCCCCAACAGGCAGCCAAGUGUCAUCUAUGCUGAAGCUUGCCUUCCAAAACUGUUGUCCCUGGCGUCUUUCCAGAGACUCUGAAGGUGCCCUUCUGCUGCCUGACCAGAGGUCUCACCCACGGGGUCCUUCUCCACAAGAAGACAUGGCCAACUUCCAGGUGCUGGUGAAGCUCCUGCCUGUGAUGGUGACUCUUGUGCCUUACUGGAUGGUAUAUUUCCAGAUGCAGUCUACCUACGUCCUACAAGGUCUUCACCUUCAUAUCCCCAACUUCUUCCGGACCAAUAGCUCUUUGGCUCUGAGUACAGAGAACAGUAGCUACAGGAUCCCAGAAGCCUGGCUCCUGCUGGCCAAUGUUGUGGUGGUACUGGUUCUGGUUCCAGUCAAGGACCACUUGAUUGAUCCUCUGCUGCUGCGGUGUAAGCUGCUGCCAUCAGCUCUGCAGAAGAUGGCCCUGGGCAUGUUCUUUGGGUUUACUUCGAUCAUUGCAGCAGGAGUCCUGGAGAAAGAGCGCUUAAGGUACAUCAAAGACAACCACACAGUGCCUCAGCUGAUUGGGAAGGACUUGUACUACGCGGCACCAUUGUCUAUCUGGUGGCAAAUCCCCCAGUACCUGCUCAUCGGCAUCAGUGAGAUUUUUGCCAGCAUUGCAGGUCUGGAGUUUGCCUACUCAGAAGCUCCACGCUCCAUGCAGGGUGCCAUCAUGGGCAUUUUCUUCUGCCUUUCGGGGGUAGGCUCACUGUUGGGCUCUGGCCUGGUGGCCCUACUGUCCUUGCCUGGGGGCUGGAUGCACUGCCCCAAGGACUACGGGAACAUCAACAACUGCCACAUGGACUUUUACUUCUUCCUGCUGGCCGGCAUUCAGGCUGUCACAGCUGUCCUGUUUCUCUGGAUUGCUGGUCACUAUGAGAGGACUCGUCAGAACCCAGCCUCCCAGAGCGUAUCCAGCAGGCUCAGGGGCUGAAUCCGUUC